GAACAGUAACUUUAGAAGAUCUCAACUUGAUGUGUUUAGCUUACAACUUCAGGUAUUUAGGUGAGCUGUGAUUGGCAGGUCAUGGACCAAUCACUGUCCAGUGGGCGGGGUCACGUGAGUGUGCUCAGUUGUUUCCCACCCUCUGUGGGGAGAGACAUUGCUGUUGCUGUGGUGAAGCCCCUGGGAGCCAGCCUGGGAAACCCUGACACCCAUAGCCUGCUGCGCACAGACAGACAGGUGAAGUGGACAAUGGAGGUGCUGUGUUACGGUUUGACUCUUCCAUUGGACAGAGACACAGUUAAACUCUGUGUUGACGUGUACACUGAUUGGCUGAUGGCCCUGGUUUCCCUGAGAGACUCCAUCCCACCACCAAUAAGCAGAGAGCCCAACCUGUACGUCCAGAAGAUCCUUCGACACCUGUACAGCCUGUUCCUGCCCAGGUCAGACCGGGCAAAUCCGGUCUACCUGUCUCUAUGUCAGCAGGUUUUGUGUGCAGUUCGGUCAGUGGCCAGGGAGAGUGCUGUGAUGAGCAGAGACACCUGGGAGACUCUGCUGCACUUCCUCCUCCGCAUCAACCAUGCCAUACUGUUUCCACCCACUGCUGCAGAAGGCGGUCUGUCUGACCUGUCGAUGGCAGUCCUCUUGGAAGUCUGGUUGCUGUCUUGCUCUCGGUGUUUCCCAUCCCGCUCACUGUGGCAGGUGUGCAGACAGAUGCUGAGCAGCUGGAGACAUCAGCCUGCGGUGGUGGAGCAGUGGAACCGAGUCGUCGCAGCUUUAACCUCCAGGUUGCUGCUGCUGACCUUCGGUCCGUUAUUCCCUCAGUUUAAAGUCCCUGAUGAAGAUGCUGCUCUGAUCCCUGCAGACAUGGACAACGAUAGAGUCCCUCAGACCUGGUUCAGGUUCCUGCACUUGUUCAGUAACCCAGUGGACCUCAGUCACCCUGUGAUUGUUGGUUCGACUCCUUCCUCUCAGGAGGAGGUGUUAAGAGGAGGAGACAGUCAGCUGCCAAACAUCUUCUUCAGAGCCAUGAGAGGAGUCAGUACGCUGGUCGACGCCUUCCUCGGUGUGACAGUGGUCAAAGAACCAACAGAGCUGCUGCUGCCAAACACUGGACGGACAACAAGGAUCCAUUUCAGAGACCGGUUGCCUUCACUUGGUGUUGCUGUGACCAAGAGCCCCUUCAGAGACCGCCUCCCCUCCUAUGGUAUAUCCCGGCCUCGUUCUGACAGUGCCCCGCCCACCCCAGUGAACAUACUGAGCAUGCCCAAUGCUUCUCCCUCCACCACCUCCCCCCCUACACACAACAGACGACCAAAACCUGUGAAUGUUUCCAAGGCAAUCAGCAAGCCUCCUGUGAUGUCUUCCUCCCCCCAUCACUGGAAGUCCUCCUCCCAUCCUCCUCUGUGCUCCUGUCCCCGACCCUCUCCCUCCCCCCUCAGGUGUAAUGUGGACUCCCUCCUGCACCUGUUCGGCCCCUGGCUGUUUGAUGCUGCUCUGAUCAGCAGAGACUCUGGUCUGUCUGCUGGUCACUGUGAUGUCACUGUGAUGUCAGAAAGGUGGGCGUCUGGUCGAGCUGAGGCCUGUGGGACACUCUGCAGGAUCUUCACCUGUAAGAAGACUACAGAGGACAUCCUGCCUGUCUACCUGUCCAGGUUAUACCUGGUUAUCCUGGAGGGUCUUCAGGUGCGUGAGGGGGUGUGUCCUCCUGUUCUGGCCUCCAUCCUGCUGAACUCCACUUGCCUGUUCUGCUGUGACCUGAGAGGAGUCAACCUGCUGCUCCCCUCGUUCAUCUCAGCUCUGGAGAGCGUACUGCUUGACAGAGAGCUGUUGAGGUUUAAGAGUUUUGUGAGUCCAGUGGAUUUGAGACGAGCCUCGAUCCUCGUCCUGCUGUCCCUGCUGCCCCUCCCUAUGCAGUUUGGAUCUUUCCAGUCUGAGGUGUUACUGGGCAGGAGGUUCAGUGGUAAUGAUAUCAUAGCAGGUAGCUUCCUGUCUCUAAAGCCCCGCCUCAUCAAUGUUCUGAUUGGAGCUCUGCAGACUGAGUGCGACGCCUCCAACACACAGGUGAUCCUGGCGGCCAUGUUGAACCUGGUUCAGGACUCGGCUCUGGUACAGGCUGAAGGACAAACUCAGCAGGAGUCCCAGCGUGGUGGAGGCAGUAGACCCAGAUGGACCAGGGGACUCGCUGGAACUCUUGGAACCAGUGGAAAUAGACAAACAACUGUCCAAUCAGAUGCAGCAGGGGUCUUGUGGGUUCAGUUUGUGCGUCUGGUGACUCAGCGUCUGACAGCUCAGUGGAGGAACGAAUCAGCAAUUUGCCUGUCUGCACUGGAAGUACUGGGAGGACUGGCCAAGGUGGAGGUGAGGGUGGAGGACUCAGAGAGAAGGCGAGCGGUCAGUUCUGUCUGUAGUUACAUUGUUUUUCAAUGCAGUCGUCCUCCUCCUCUUCACUCCAGAGAUCUGCACUCCAUCAUUGUUGCUGCCUUCCACUGUCUAAACGUCUGGUUAACUCAACACCCCGCCAUGUUUGACCACCAGGAGUGUUUAUUGGAGGUCCUGGAGAUUGUAGAAUUGGGCAUUUCAGGCAGUAAGUCUAGACAGGAACAGGAAGUGAAGUAUAAAGAAGAGAAAGAACUGAACCCAGCCUCUCUGAGGGUGAAGGAGGCAGCCGAGGCCACACUGAGCUGUGUUAUGCAGGUUUCUGGGGCAUUCCCUUUUGUUGGAGGUUCCCUGAAUGAGGAUCCUCUGAUUGACUGUUCUAGUUUGAGUGACAGAAGUGUGAAAAAGUUCAGAUAUUUUGUGGUGGACAGCUCUGUGAUUCUGGCCAUGCUGGAGCAACCACCAGGACCUGAUCAGGCACCGUGUCCGUCGCUCACAGUGCUGAUCAGAGGAGCAUCAGGAUGUCACAGCUGGACUCUACAGCUCCACCUGGAGCCCAGAGAGGGAAGAACACAUACACAGCAAACUCUGAUCCCAAAACACCUCGGUGUAGCCCAGGAGGAUUCUAGGAUACAAUGUGGUGUCAAACACCAGCUGUUUCCUGAAAACAUCGACAGAGUCCCUUCAGUUAAAGCAGAUCUGAGUAUUCCAGCUCUGAAUGAGACUGUUACUGAGGAGGUGCAGCAGCAGUUAGAGCAUCUGCGAGGAGUCCUGAAGAGACAGCGACAGGUUUGGGAUCAGCUGCAGGUGAGUGGUCAUUCGGCCAUCAUUACGACCUGCAAGCCGCCACCUCCAGUCACCAACUUCCAGACAGCGAGACUCCUCCUGUCCCACCUGGGCCUGCUGACACCUGAGACCCUGAAGGAUCCAGGUACCAGUGGUGUCCCAGCUCAGCUGGUGUCUCUGGACUCAUCUCUUCCAGGAUUCUCAGAAGAUCUCAGACGUUUGGAUCAGCUGCCAUCCAGAAACUGUGACUCUGCCUUUGUCUUCUACGUGAGAGCAGGACAGAGGACAGCUGCUGAGAUCUUAAGAAAUGUGGAGUCCAGAUGCUGCGUCCCAUCUCACUUCUUGGACUUCCUGUCUUCUCUUGGUUGGCCGGUGGAUGUGAGGCCACGACAGGGGGGCGGGACCAGCCCCAACAGUCCAGAAUUCCCUGCUGUGCUGGGUGACAGUGGAGGUGGCGUGUUUAAUGGAGAGAAGUUUGUCCUGAUGUUCACUGAUACUCUGACGGAGCUCACCUUCGUCGUCCCAUCAUCGUCAUCCUCAUCAUCAUCGCACAGAGUUGAUUAUUUGAAGAGUCCAGAGGAGGGGGAGCAUCCGACUGAGUCACCAUCCCGACUACAGAGUCACUCUGAGCUCAGCCGAGACUCCGCCCCUCAAGCCACAAGUUCUCCAGUUGAAGACAUGAAGUCUUUUCGUUUUGUGUCGUCGAUCGUCGGCUCUGAAUCAAAACUCCUGAUAGUUUGGGUCGAGAACUUUGAGGAUAUUGAGAGUUUCCCUCUGUCCGAUGUGCUGUCAGAGAUGAAGACAGAAACACUGAAAGGUGCGUUAAACGUCCAGCUGAUCUUCAUCCAUCCUCUGAAAACUGGACUCUACCGGAUCCAUUUCCGUGGAAACGGCACCAGCAAGUUCAGUUUGGUCGUUCCAUUGGUCAAUGGGAGUGUGGUCAGCAAGAGGUCACUGGGUUUCCUGGUCAGAGAGACGGUGAUCAACUGUUGCCAUAGGCGACGGUUGGAGAGUGACUCAGCCCCUCAGCCUCACGUCAGAAGGAAGCACAUGAUCAAUGACAUCCUCCUUCGCUACCGCAGCUGCCGCUCAGAGCCCGCCUUCUACUCUGCCCUGUUCCACGACCUCUGACCCCCCCAACCUAUCGGAUCCCCCCUAUACAACCAGCUCUGCUGUUACCCUGGCAACAUGAUGUUUGCUCUACCAUUAACAGCUUUAAAGAUGUGUAGUUUUAAAUCAACCAAUCAGAAUCAACAGUUACUGCCACUGCUCUCAGGUGAAACACUUCCCACUAAAAGUUUGCAAAUAGGAGUCACAGGGUUUUCUGGUGGCAGAUGUUACUGAGGGAAGAUGUCACCUGGGUGAUGAUGUCACCUGCAGGUUUAAUAAACAGUGUGUGCUGCAACCUCUGUGGUCUCUAUGUGUCCUGUAAAAAUCUCAUAUUCAACAUCCAGCAGCUGAUUGGUCCUCUGGUGAGUGAUGUCAUCACAUG